AUGACCGGAUCCGACGACGCUGCGCAGGCGCGACUUGUCGAGGCCUCGCAGCUCGCAGAGUCUGGCGACCUUAAAGCUGCGCAGCAGAUGCUGAAAGAGGCAGUCGCCGCGAAACUCAUCCCAUCUCCGCUACAGCGACAGGUCUUGGCGUGGUGGUCUGCAGGGGAGUAUGACGUGCUGCAGUCUGCCAAUAAGGCAGGACAGGCUCCGAAGAGGGAGCCGGCCGAACCCAAGCCGGACGACAUGGAGGCGCAGGUCGUGCGCCUCAUGAAGGAGAAACAGUGGUCGCGGAAGGAGGCGUGUCAGUACAUCGAUGAAGGGGGCCUGGACAUGGAAGCCAUGCGGGCGGAGAUGAACAACCCCAUGGAUGAAGCCUUCGAGAAGCUGAAGCAGCAGGGGCCGCCGCAGUGGUUUGUGGAGGCGAUGACGCUGCACAUUGAAGACACCAAGCCCUUCAUCUUUCACGUCUUGAUGACUGUGCGUUUGAACGAAAAUGGCUUCGUGUCCUGUGCUGCGCUCGAGUCUGCGACAAGCUACACGCCCAGUAUCAGUCAGAUGAAAACCGGGACUGGCCUAGAUGGAUACGACUCAGCUUCCGCCACGGCCAACAGCUACUACAACCUGGUGGUGGCCGUCUUGUCACCUGCCACGCUCUACGACCUCUUCUGUUACGCGGAGGACAGCGUCGUGAACGGGUUCACACUUAGCCAAAUUGCGGCCACGAAGCAGGUCGUUGCCACUGCAACGGGAGGUGACUAUGUGGCGCCAGUUUUCAGCUAUGUGCCACCGAAUUACGUCGUCGAGAGCACCGCAGUGACCGUCUACGUGCAGCUGAAUGAGGAUGGCACCGUUUGGUGCGUGGCGAAGGAGGAUUCCGGUUCUGGUACGACCACUCCGACGUCCGCAGAGAUCCUGCUCAACGCAAACGUGGACUCCUGGGCCACGACGACUGUGCAAGCGGCUAUGAGCUACCAGAGCUCCAUGCGAUUGGCAGGGCUGACGGAAGGUACUACGUACGAACUGUACUGCUUUGCGCAAGAUACAGCCGGAAACUACAUGGAUGGAACUCCAGCUUACGCGUCGGAUGUCAGCAAGAUCACAGCGACACGACUGGCUUUUCAAACCCUGGCGGUGUUCAUCCCAUCGACCCUGAUUGUGACGUCGCCGGGCCCAGUGCAAUACGCAGUGAAGCCGGCUGCCUGGAACAACGUCCUCCCUGCUUGCACUGCCGACCCACGGCGUGGUCAGCGUUGCGAGCGGGACGCGGAGAGCUGGAAGAAGGCGCCGGAGUACCUGAGCCACAAGCUGAUCAGCCUGGACUCCCACCCAUCUGACGGCUGCUUCGGGUAUCUUCCGCCGGCGGUUCCCGGUGGGGGCCCCUUCGUACUUCUUCUCCGUCGGGGGAAGUGCGCAUUUGCGCGCAAGGCCCGCCGGGCGAGAGACGCAGGAUAUGACGCACUGCUUGUGGUGGACCAGCAGCCCGUUCAGUACCUGAGCGCCCUCCCCGACAUGAUGGCGGACUCGAACGACAACCCUGGAAUACCCGGCUGGAUUCUCAGCAAGGCGGAUGGCAGCGCUCUGCUGGCGACUGUAUCAUCGCACACUGCAGGAUAUGUGACACUGGAUAUCACCGAUGUCUAUCGCACCCCAUCUCUGGGCAUCUACCAAAGCGACGUCUACGGCCAGAGGGUGUACAUGAAGCAGUGA